UAUGCCAAUUACCUUAUUGAUGCGACAUCGACACAAAUUAGACUCGCAUUAAGUACACAAAUAGCUCCUUACCCCGUUAUUUCAACAAAUGACCUAAUAAUGAAUAAUAAUACGUAAAUAAGCAGAUGAUUGGGACUUUUCUAGGUACUUAACUACAUUCUCCCUUGAUAUUUUGACAUAGUGCUUUCACAAGGACAGACAGGCUCUCUUCAUUUGUCCGCCUAAGCAGCAAUACUUACGAUCGAAGAAAAAUUUUCAACUACUUAAAUAAAAAUGCAAGAACCUACAAAACUGCCUCCUUUAAACAUUGAAAAUCUGUACCUAAACCGCGCGAAGUUUGUGAUGAAAUUCCUCGGAGUGUGGAUGCCUCCUGAAGGAGAAUCAGUGUUCCACAAAGUCUACAGAAUCUUUAUGAUGUCCUUGCAGUAUCUGUUUCUGAUUUUUCAAACGAUUUACAUCAUUCAGGUGUGGGGUGACCUGGAAGCGGUGUCACAGGCGUCGUACCUGCUGUUCACGCAGGCCUGCCUGUGUUUCAAGGUGACGUGUUUCCAGCUGAACGUUCCCAUGCUCAGGGACAUGCUCGCGCGCAUGAAUGGAGACGUCUUCAAGCCGCGUACGCCUGGACAUGUCGAGACGUUGAAGCUGCAAGCUCGGAGAAUCAAGCGCCUGCUGUUAGGCUUCAUGAUAAGCUCGCAGACUACGUGUGGGCUGUGGGCUCUGAAGCCACUGUUUGACGACGCCGGCGCACGGAGCUUCCCCUUCGAUAUGUGGAUGCCAGUGUCUCCUGACCGAUCACCUUACUACGAGUUAGGCUACGCGUUCCAGCUGCUGACCAUCUGUAUGAGCGCCUACAUGUACUUCGGGGUGGACAGCGUCGCUCUCUCCAUGGUCAUCUUCGGGUGUGCGCAGGUUGAUAUCGUCAAGGAUAAGAUCCUCAGUAUAAAAUCGCCUCUGGACCCAGGUGUAGCUAAAGCUGACAAGAAGAAAAUAAUGAAGGAAAAUUACAAGGCGUUGAUCGAAUGUGUUAUUCAACAUCAAGCCAUAGUUUCUUUUACAGAGUUGGUAGAGAAUGCGUACCACACAUACCUGCUGUUCCAGCUGACUGGCAGCGUCGGACUGAUAUGCAUGUCUGCUUUAAGGAUUCUGGUUGUAGACUGGCAGAGCAUGCAGUUCUUCUCGAUCCUGACUUACCUAUCGGUGAUGAUCAGCCAGCUGUACGUCUGCUGCUGGUGUGGACACGAGCUCACUGCCACCAGCGAGGACCUUCACAAGGUCCUGUACAAGUGCAGCUGGUACGAACAGGAGCUGGGGUUCAAGCGAGUCUUCCUCUUCAUGAUGACCCGAGCUGGCCAGCCCAUGGUGCUCCGCGCCGGACACUACAUCGCGCUUUCAAGGCAGACCUUCGUUGCUAUUUUGCGAAUGUCGUAUUCCUACUUUGCCGUCUUGAAUCAAACCAAGUGAAGAGCGCUAAGUACUCUAUAGAGACGUUAUACAACAGUCUGUAGUAGGUAGUUAGGUAGUACCUAGGCUACGCUUUGAGAUAUUUCGCCUACUGAUGUAUUUAAUUAAAUGUGAAUUUGGAUAUCAUGUUGCUUAGAAAGUGAACGCACGGCAUUGUCUUGGAUAUGCACUUUACUUUAAGGUACGUACGUAACAUAAACAGCCUUUAUACGUCCCGCUGGCCUCACCUCAUUCAACCGGAGGGGAUA